CGAUACGCUGCAAGCCGGCCUUCUUCCCGCGACUUGGCAAGCCAUGCAUGUCAUCUUGAAUGCAGCAGUCUCUUGGCUCGAGCCGCUCCACGUUUCGAUUCGGCUUUCUCUUGCGCAGUCUCAUUGACAUCCUCAACCUCUCUCGACGUCCAGGCUUGCCAGAAGAGCGUCCCUCAGUCGCCCUUCGAAACGCGCACCCCUUUGGCUGAAAUUGCACAUCCGGUCUUGCCAUCCACCCAUACGCGACAUAGCAGAGAAGAUGCCGGACCUUGUCGCCUCGAUCGACGCCGGGACCACCUCGGUCCGCUUCAUGAUCUUCAACGAAUUCGCGGAAGUACAAGCUUCUCACGGCUUGGAGUUCACGCAGUAUUUUGAUCACCCGGGAUGGCAAGAUCAGGAUGCGCACGAGAUCGUGGACAAGGUUCUGGAGUGCGUAGAUCAGGCCAUCAAGAAGCUCGAGCAGAAGGGCGGCAAGGCAAGCGACAUCAAGGUUGUCGGCAUCACCAACCAGAGAGAGACUACUGUUGUGUGGAGCAAGACUACUGGGAAAGCAUUGACCCGAGCAAUCGCAUGGCCUGACACCAGGACAACCCACACUGUCAGACAACUUGCGGAAAAGAGCGACAAAGGCACAGAUGCAGUAAAGCUCGAGACUGGUCUCCCACUGUCUACCUACUUCGCAGCUCUCAAGCUUAGAUGGAUGCUCGACAACAUUCCAGAGGUCAAGAAGGCGCAUGAUGAAGGAGACAUGCUCUUCGGCACAGUGGACUGCUGGCUGCUGUAUAAUCUGACUGGUGGAGAGGUGCAUCUAACAGAUGCUUCGAACGCCUCUCGCACGAUGUUCAUGGAUUUGCGCAAACAGACUUGGGACCCUAAGCUCUGUGACUUCUUUGGCAUCAAGAUGGAGAUUUUGCCAGAGAUUAAAAGCUCUUCUGAAGUUUACGGAAAGAUAAAAGGUGGAGCUCUGGAUGGUGUGGAGAUUGCUGGUAUUGUAGGAGAUCAGAUGGCUGCUCUGAUCGGGCAAAAGGCGUUAUCGCCAGGAGAAGCGAAGAAUACAUACGGUACCGGGGCCUUCCUCCUAUACAACACUGGCACGAAAGUAGUCGACUCGAAGAACGGGCUGCUCUCGACCAUUGCAUACAAAGCUGGACCCAAUGCAGAGCCUGUAUACGCUCUGGAGGGAUCGAUCGCGGUGUGCGGCAGCGGCAUCAAGUGGUUGCGCGAUCAAUUGGGCUUGAUCAAGGAAGCGUCAGAAGUGGGCGACCUGGCUUCACAGGUUGAGGACUCGGGAGGUAUCUACUUCGUCACAGCCUUUUCGGGCUUGCUGUGCCCUUACUGGGACGACUGCGCUAGCGGAAUGAUCAUUGGUAUGACGGGAUACACCGACAAGCGUCACUUUGCCAGGGCCACGAUUGAGGCGGCUUGCUACCAGACGCAAGCUGUGCUCGCAGCUUGCGAACGGGACUCGGGUGUUCCUCUCGCCAGUCUGCAGGUCGACGGAGGCAUGACAAACUCCGACGUUGCUAUGCAGAUUCAGGCAGACAUUCUGGGCCUGACUGUCGAGCGACCAGAGAUGAGAGAAACAACGGCGCUAGGCUCGGCGCUUCUGGCUGGAGCGGCCAAAGGCUUGUUUGGUUGGGAUAUCAGCAAACCGGAGACCUUGUCCAAAGUCAAUGCGAAAGGAAAGCAGGCGUUCAAGCCCACAAUCUCAGAGGAAAAAAGAAAGGAACUGCUGCACGGCUGGGAGAGAGCAGUGGAACGAAGUCGAGGAUGGCUUGAGAACCCUUGAGGGCUGAGCCAGAUCGCCGAGAUUGACUGAUGGCUAGAAUACAUUGCUCAUUGUAAAGACAUAACAGGCA